AGCAAGGGGUGGGUCAGCCACCAGACCCGGUCAAUUGUUAUUUACAGUUUCUUGGCUUUUAAAAGAAGUGCUUCCCCAGCUUUGGUCGUGAUUCCAGACCUGCAGCGCCAUGACCACUCUUGUGCCACUGCUGUCUCUGCUCCUCCUGGGGGCCCUGGCCCAGCAUGGGUCCGAGUGGACCUACUCAGUGGGGCCCCUGGACGAAGCACACUGGCAGAGGGAGUACCCUGCCUGCGGGGGGAAGAAACAGUCGCCCAUCGACCUGCAGAGGAACCAUGUUCGGUACAAUCCCUCCCUGAAGGCUCUGAAACUGACAGGCUACGAGGACCAGGCGGGCGAGUUCCUCAUGACCAACAACGGCCACACAGUGCAGAUCAGCCUGCCCCCUACUGUGCGUUUAACAGCCACCGAUGGCACUGAGUACAUAGCCCAGCAGAUGCACUUCCACUGGGGCGGUGCAUCCUCAGACAUCAGCGGCUCUGAGCACACCGUCGACGGGAUUAGAUACGUGACUGAGAUUCACGUCGUUCACUACAACUCUAAAUACGAGAGCUACGACAUAGCCAAGGGUGCACCGGAUGGCCUGGCUGUCCUGGCAGCCCUCGUGGAGGUCAAGGAUGAUGCUGAAAACACUUACUACAGCAGCUUCAUCUCUCGCUUGAACAACAUCAAGUACCCAGGGCAAAGCACAUUUCUGAGAGGCCUUGACAUCCAGGACAUGCUGCCCGAGGACCUCUACCACUACUACAGCUACGAGGGGUCCCUCACCACUCCUCCCUGCACCGAGAAUGUGCACUGGUUCAUGCUGGCAGAUUUCGUCAAGCUCUCCAAGGCACAGAUUUGGAAGCUAGAGAAUUCCUUACUGAAUCACCAGAACAAGACCCUCCACAAUGUCUACCGCAGGACCCAGCCCCUGAACAACAGGGUGGUGGAAGCCAACUUCAUGUAUUUCCCUCAUCAGCGCUCUGAGUUCCAGUUUUACCUAAGCAAGAUGGAUCAUAAACUCAAGAACUUAAGAUUUACGGGACAGAAGAAAUUGGGAGGAAAAGCCAAGAGCAGGAAGGCUGCACCCUGAGUCGUAGGGGAAGAGGUGGCCUCCCAGCCCACGCCCUGCCUGCCUCCAAGGAACCCUGUGUGUGGGAACCCCCACCGGGGCGCCUGUUGAAUUUCUGACUGAAUAAGGGGAAAGCACCAUCCAUGAGAGGAAGUGAGGUAGUAACUGGAUGAGAGGGGACUUGAGUUAAGAUGGCACCAGGGGACAGUGACUGGAAAAUAGAGGCACAGGGAACGGAGCCCUAACUACCCUCAAAUCACGCCCGUGGAUCUAAAUCACAAACCCGCCCCAGCUGUCCUGUAGCAUGUAAUGCAAUAAAAUAACUUGGGAAAUGUGUCAUUUA